AUGGGCUCCUUUGAAGAGAUUUCUUGGAAAAGGGUUGCCGGCCACCAGGUUCUCGGAUGCAAGUGGAUGGAUGCUGUCAACGCAUUUGUCAAUUGCCCCCUUGAAGAGGAAGAAAUCGUCUUUAUGAGGAUGCCGCCGGGCUUCCAGAAACCCGGAAAGGUGCUACGGCUUCGGAAAGCUCUCUACGAGCUGGGGUUCAAGAAAGUCCCUCAGGAACCCUGUGUGAUGAUGAAGGGUGCCGUGACCGUCUUUUCUACGUGGACGACAUGA